GCACGUGUAGAUACCGCUCCCUGUUUAUAGUGUUUUUCUCCGGCCGCGGCGGGUUCUUCUCCUCCUUGUUUCGAUGGAGGGACUGAAGGUUUCCGAUGCCAAUUUGGUCGUUUACGUUCACCCUUCCAAAAGUAAGAAGGUUUCGCAGGCGGUGCUGCGGGAGCUCGGCGCUAUGCUUCUCAAGUUUGAUGAAAGAUUUGAAGGCGUGCUACUGGCUUAUGACGCCAAAAUUACUGAUAAAAGUGCAAAGAUUCUAUCUGGAGUGCAUCCCUAUUUUGGCGUGACACUAAAGGCAAAACUUUUGCUUUUCUCUCCAAAACCAAACAUGCUUUUAGAGGGAAAGGUGGUGAAGCUUAGGCAAGAAUCGGUCCAUGUUAUUGUCCUAGGUUUUGCUUCUGCUGCAAUAACCGAUGAAGACAUUCGAGAUGAAUUCAAGCAUAGAACAAAACACGAGGAAGAAAUGUUUGUCAGCAGAGCUCAUAAGCACCAUGUGAUAAAGGUUGGGACAAUGAUACGAUUUUUGGUGAAGAGUUUUGAUGAGGAAAUAUUGCAUAUAUCUGGAUCGUUAGUUCCAUCUCACACAGGGAGCAUCCAUUGGUUGGAGAAGAAUUCGAUCGAGGGUUCAGUAACUGAUAGGAGAAGAAAGAAGACAAGAGACAACGAGGGAGAAUCAUUGUUGCAGGAUAGUGUUGCUACCGAUGUCAAUGCACUUAUCUUGAACAAUGACCAUCAGUCAAAAACCAAAAAGCAGAAAACUAGCAGAAUAUCUUGAAGGCUGCUAAUUGACAUACAGCAUAGAUCGUUUCUGUAUCAGGGUGGUGAUGAUAGACAUAGAGCAGAGAUCCCCUUCCAUGGUAGAUCCUCAUUGUUCUCCUCUUGUAAGAAAUGUUAUACCAGGAUCUGUGUGGAUGGAUAUGCAUGCAGCUUCCCAUUUUUGUAACUGUUUUGAAGAAAUGGCCCAAAUUCAUAUAUGGGCUGUAGGCUCAAUAGACAUUGGUGAGUGAAAGAUGUUUUCCAGCCCAAUCUGGAGUAUGUAGGGGAGAGGAUGACAGAUGUCAGCAACCUAAACACUUUCUAAAAAUGUCUGAGAUUUGGACAUUAACACAAAACCAAACACCACACCGUUGGUUUAUCAAUCAUUAUAAUGAGGAUACGGUUUCGGGUUUACAAGUACA